AUGUCGGAAAUACGACAGUUUUACGCUGGGCGAAACGUUUUCAUCACCGGUGGAACCGGCUUCUUGGGUAAAGGACUAGUGGAGAAGUUGCUCCGAAGCUGUGAAGAAAUCGAAACCGUCUACCUUCUGGUUCGUGAAAAAAAAGGAAAAACUGCACAAGAGCGAAUCGAUUCUCUGCUCCUCGAACCGGUGUUUGACGUUUUGCGGACCAGCUUUCCGAACUUUUCUGAAAAGAUUCAUCUAGUUGCCGGUGACGUAGCCUCCGAAGGACUGGGAUUAUCAGCAGAGGAUCGCGAGCGCAUUGUCAACGAGGUUUCCGUGAUCUUCCACGUGGCGGCCACAGUGCAUUUUACCGAAAGACUGGACAAAGCCAUUUCCCUGAACGUCAACGGCGUUAAACACAUGCUGGACAUCGCCAAAGCAUGCAAGAACCUGGCGGUCGGGGUUCGCGUGUCGACUGCUUUCAGCAACUGCGUCCUCGGUAGCAUCGACGAAAAGUUGUACGCUCCGCCAUUGAGCUACAGGGAGGCGAACGAUCUCUGCGAAAAUCUGAGGAACAGUGAUAUGUCGGAAGACGAGAUUGAAUCUGUUACGAAAUCAGUCUUGAAGGGAUGGCCGAACACUUACACUUUCACCAAGGCUAUCGGCGAAGGUGUCGUCGCCGAAUUUGCUCGAGAAUUGCCGUUCGCAGUUUGCAGACCAUCGAUCGUAAUGAAUUCAUACAACGAGCCAACGCCAGGCUGGAUUUCCGGUUUUAAUGGGCUUCCAGCGAUGCUAUGUGCAGUUUCUCUCGGCUUAAAUCGCGUCGCUUUGAUUGACGAUGAUGUGAGAAUCGAUAUAGUUCCGGUGGAUUAUGUCUACAACGCUUUAAUUUCUUGCGCUUGGGAAACAGCUGUCACUAAAGAAAGACACCAUGAGGAUAUUUCUGUCUACAAUUAUGUCAGCGGAAAUGAGAAACCAAUAACUUGGAGGCAGUUUCGAAAAAAUUACGAACGUUCCGGACGUGAAAAGCCAUCGGUUCAAGCGAUUUACUAUCCCUUCCUUUUAUACACAAAAUCAAGAUUUGUUUGCCAAGUGUUACAAUUUCUUCUGAAUAUUUUGCCAGCGCUCAUAAUUGACGGGGUUGCACGAGUGUUAGGAAAACAGCCCCGGAUUUACCAUCAUUUCAGGUUACUAAAGGUUGCGACAAUAAUAUGGAAGGCGUGGAUCGCCUUCGAAUAUUUCGGCACGGGGCAAUGGGACUUCAAAAGUCAUCGAGUUCAGAACCUGUGGCAACGAAUGGGGCCUACGGACAAGAAGGAAUUUCCUUUCAACAUGCAAGAAGUCGACUGGGAGAAACAUGGUGCACGUUUGAUUGAAGGUUCCAAAAAGUACUUAAUAAAGGACCCUCCUGGAACUGAAGCCAAGGCGAAACGACGAUACAUUUACUUGUACAUCAUCCACUCGAUGGUUCGUCUCGUAUUAUAUUCCUUCGCUAUAUGGAUGGUAUGGAAAAUACUUUUGUAACACAAGCCUUCCGCUUUGUUCAAAAACCUACAAGA